AUGCUCUUCCAAAACAAGGGGGAAGCUAAGAAGCCAUCUAAUGAAGAACCCCAAAAAAACACAACAAAUGAUUAUGAAGCUUUAGUUCGUGAAAAGGAGGCUGGUGAUGCACAAGUCAAAAUUAAAAAUCUAAAGGACCUCUUCCCUCCUUGGUCCACAGAGCAGAUUCUGAACGAGGAUAUCGACAACCCAAUGUUUUACUUGUUGGAACCAAUUGUCUCAUUUGGCUUGGAUAACUCUUCGGAAUCUCAACUUGAUUUUAUGAAAACUCCGAAGGCCUUUUUAUUUUGUUGUUUUGACAAGAUUGAGAAAGCUCCUGAUUCAGAUAAUGAUGUCAAUCUUAUGCUUAUAUCCUUUUAUCUUGAGCACGGAUAG